UGCCUCUGAGAGCUACAUUUGCAGGAGAGAGGUCUUUAUCAUCUGCCAGAGGCCAUAUAGCUGGCUGCAGUCCCUCCUGGCCCGCACUAUGGCCAAGACCCUUGGGGAUCAUCUACUAAACACCCUGGAGGAGCUGCUACCCUAUGACUUUGAGAAGUUCAAGUUCAAGCUGCAGAACACCAGCCUGGAGAAGGGCCACUCUAGGAUCCCCCGGGGCCAUAUGCAGAUGGCCAGGCCAGUAAAGCUGGCUGACCUCCUGCUGAAACACUAUGGGGAGGAGUAUGCUGUAAGGCUGACCCUGCAGAUCCUGCGGGCCACCAACCAGCGCCAACUAGCAGAGGAACUUCUCAAGGCCACAGGCCCAGAACAUUUAAAUGAAGAAAAUAGAAUUGGUGGUUCUGUCCAGUCUUCUGCAGAGAAUAAGGCCAAGAGUGUGAAGGUACCAGAUGUCCUUGAAGGUGACGGGGCACAGCAGAAUGAUGAAUCAGACAUCCUGCCACUCAGCCAGGCUGAAGUGGGGAAGGGACCCCAGAAGAAACCACUGGCCAAAAGGAAGGAUCAGAGGGGCUCUGAGAUCCUGGACUCACAGAAGGUCAGGAGCGCAGUACCUCUCUAUAGGAGAACCUUGGUUACCCAGUCUCCAGGGGACAAGGAGAACAUGACAAGUGCCCGGCUCCGCAGGAAUGUCAGCUCCGCAGGGAGGCUGCAAGGACUCUACAACAAUGUCCCAGGGAGGAGAGAAAGCAAGAAAGCUGAAGUGUAUUUGCCUUCAGGAAAGAAGCGACCCAGGAGUCUUGAAAUUACCACUUAUUCAAGAGAAGGAGAACCCCCAAAUUCAGAAGCUCUUCUGACUCAAGAGGAAACAAGAAGUGGGAGUGUCACUCGCAUGAGAGCAGCUACCCUGAAUGGAAGGACUACGGGGGCUCUAGAAAAGAGCACAGAGAUUCCAGAGCAUUCCAUGAUGCUGGAUGAAGAAACAUUCAGAAACAUGUCUUCCAAAACAUCAUUGAUUGGGGAGGAGAGAUGCACUACAUCAUGGACGGAAAAUGGAAAUGGGAGUCCAGAAACCAUAGAGUCCUUGAGAGAGACGGCUGGCAGCAUACUCUGUGACUCCUGUGAUCCAGAUAUGCCUUUGUCACUAUGUGAAAAACCAGCCCAAACUCCAGAAGACCCAGCAUACUUAGGACAGGCCGCUUGUAAAGGAAGGUCACAGGACAAGGCUGCAUGCCCUCUUUGCCACGGCCAGGAAGGAGACCUGCAUGGUAAUACCUGUGUGCAAAGUUCCUGUAGCUUCUCCAUUGCUCCUGGGGAUCCCAAGGCUUCAGGCAGAUGCUCCGUAUGCUUCCAGUGCCAAAGUUUACUCGCCAGAAAGAGCCGUGAAGCCCAGAGCCCCCAGUCCCUACCACAGUGCCCUCGUCACAUGAAGCAGGUACAGCUGCUUUUCUGUGAGGACCACAGGGAGCCCAUCUGCCUCAUCUGCAGGCUGAGCCAGGAGCAUCAAGGACAUCGAGUGCGCCCCAUAGAGGAGGCUGCACUAGAGUACAAGGAGCAGAUCCGGAAGCAGCUGGAGCGCCUGCGGGAGAUGAGAGGAUAUGUGGAGGAGCACAGGCUACAGGGAGACAGGAAAACAGAUGACUUCCUGAAACAAACAGAAACUCAGGAGCAGAGGGUUUCAUGUCAGCUCGAGAAGCUAUACCAGUUCCUGGAGCAGCAAGAGCAACUCUUUGUGACCUGGCUACAGGAGCUAAGCCAGACCAUCAGCAAGGUCAGAGAGACAUACUACACCCGGGUUUCCCUACUGGAUGAGCUGAUUGGAGAACUAGAGGCCAAGCAAGACCAGCCAGAGUGGGAGCUCAUGCAGGACAUUGGAGUCACCUUGCACAGGGCUAAGAUGAUGACUACCUCUGAGCUGCUGGGCACUCCUCCGGGUGUUAAAGAAAAGCUCCACUUGCUCUACCAGAAGUCAAAGUCUGUGGAGAAGAACAUGCAGCAUCUCUCAGAAACGCUGAGCUCUGAAAUGGCAUUCAGUGCUUCAGAUGUAGCAAACUGGGAAGGACGCCAGCCUAGCACAACACAGGCCCAGGGCUUGAUCCCCACCGUUCACCUAAAGUGUGAUGGUGCACACGCACAGGACUGCGAUAUAGUACUUUACCCAGAACUGGAAGCUGGAGGGUCAGAACCUCAAGAUUACCUUCAUCCUCAGCCAUCUCAAGACACACCUGAGCUACAUGAGAUCCAUUCUCAGAACAACAAAAGAAAAUUUAAAUCUAUCCUGAAAUGGAAACCUUCAUUCAUUGGGAGCACCUUGGGAGAAGCCCACAGAGCCCCGCUCCCAGCUAGGUCUUCCUCUUCCUGCAGUUACGAUGAUUCGCACUUAGCAGCUGCUCGCCCCAGCCUCAUCUUCUCUGAUGAUAUGAAGAGUGUGAGAUCUGGAAACAAGGUGUACCUGCUGCCUGACAGUCGCCAGAGGUUCUAUCACCACCCUGGGAACUCCUGGCUUUGACUCCAGCUGCCAUCCCUGGGAGAUGGAGUUUGGAGACAAGACAGUUCAGGUCCCGGGAACAUGCAAAGCACUGGUGAGCAGGAAGGAGACUGUAACUGCGGAGAAUGACUCUUGGGUAGUGAUAAGAGCAACACAACAGGAAAGCACUUUCCUCCAGCCUGUGAGUGAGGAUGCCUCCAAGCAAGCGGGCAGCUUCCUAGACUGUGCAGCUAGGAGCAACAUGACAUAUACAUGUUCACUGGCUUCUUCCCUCCAGUUCCCGUCGACCAGCCUUUAACCCCGGGUCACGUGAUGAAGAACAUAGCUCUUCUGACCAUCAGUUCCAUCAGUGACCAGAUAUUUCACCGAGUGCCCAACACUGUGCCAACAUUCUGGCUGCUGGUCUUACGUCUCACAUUCGUGAACUCGGAAGUCAUCAAUGAGGUGUCAGCUGGCACAAAUGAUGUAACGAAUAAGAAAAUAAUAUUAGGCUGGGCGUAGUGGUGCACACCUAAGAACCUGGGAGGCUGAGGCAGGAUGGUACCUAUGGGUCUAGCCUGAUGGAUUUCGGGUUACUCUGACUGUAGUCUAGCCUCCAUACAAAAAGAAAGUAAGUAAUACUGGUACUUGUAUUAUUUAGUACUAUUAUUGCUGUAAUAAAAUAUCCUGUGAUAAAAUAAAAGCAACUGGGGGAGAAAGCA